AUGGUGGCCCAUCCCAUUGAGCGCGAGUAUGCCGAUGCGCUGGGCCUCUGGGGCUGGAUCUGCCUGGUCGCGCGCGCCGUCGCUCUCAGUGAGGAUCCUGCCUUUGGUCCCAUCGCUUCGUUUUUCCUUGCCUUGAAGGUCGUCAAGGCCGCCGUUGGCGGCAAGGCCCGCCGCCAUGGCCAGACCGUGUACAAGUACACGGCCCUCGAGGGCAUGCGCGACUACCAAUACGGCCUCAGCGCCGUCCGCAUCCAGAACCUGCUGCCCUCGACGAAGUGGCUCGCGCGCCGGUUUGCCAGGCGCAACAAGCUGCCCUUUGCGCUGAUCCACCUCAGCAACGGCACGACAGCCGCUGUGCUUGGGCCGAAGGCGGAGGCGGAGAGAACGGAGAGAACGGCCGAGACAGCAAAGGGGGCAAAGGAGCCGCAGCGGGCAAAAAAGGCAACCGGGGCAAACACGGCAAACCCGGCAAACACGGCAAGCACAGCCUCUACGCCGGCCCAAGCGUCGUCCUCAGCACCCCGUCGAGCCGUCGUCGUGUUCCACGGCGGCGGCUACAUGGCGCCCGCCCUCAGCAAGCACAUCCACCUGGCGUGCGGCUUCAGCAAGACCCUCCCCGACAACGUCGCCGUCUACAUCCUGCAGUACGGCCUCGCCUCCGAGACCGCCAACCAGUACCCGCGCCAGCUCCAGCAGGCGGCCGUCCUCCUCGACUACCUGUUGACCGCGGAGAACUACCCGCCCUCGGCCAUCACGCUUGUCGGCGACUCCGCCGGCGGCCACCUGGCGCUCAGUUUGCUCCUGCACCUGGCCCACCCCGACCCGCAGGUGCCCGCCGUCACGCUGCCGGGCGGGGCGCGCCUCGCCGGUGCCGCCCUGCUCUCGCCCUGGAUGAUCACGCGCGCCCGCAGCGAGGGCCUCGUCCGAGCCAAUGAGGCCAAAGACGUGUUGUAUGCCGCCGCGCUCGACGCCUGGGCGCAGAACUUUCUGGGCGGCCCGGUCGACGAGAGCGAAAAGAGCGAAAACAGGGACAAGGCGGAUGCCGCCGCAGCAGACAAGGGCUCGCCCUGGAGCUGCCCCCUGACGAUGCCCGACCAGUGGCUGGCGGACUUGCCCGUGGACGACCUGUUUGUCACCUAUGGCGAGGACGAAGUGCUGGCCGGCAACAUUGCCCGGUUCUGCACGGCACUGUGCCGCGCGCGCAAGCCCGUCCCUGGUGUCAAGACCGCGGCCAAGGGCUACGCCAACGAGCUGCACGUCCACAUGGUCAUGAACCGCUUUCUGAUGCUCGGCGAGACGUGCCUGUCCGAAGAAGAGUUCAAGGCAUGGUACGCCACCCAGUUGGAAGCGCCUCUACGGCCGCCUCCACCACCACCGUCGUCGCACGAUGCAGUCGAAGCCGCCGGCAGAUAG